AAGAACCCUGUCCCAGGUCGGGGCAUUCAUCGCGUUACGAUGCAAACUCCAGAAGCAACAUUUUUCUGUUUGAUGUAAUCACGACUGACUAGGUAGGAUAUGCACAAAUGUAGAAGGAAUUAACGAAGACAUGGUUGCAUUUGGGACUUGUGGCCCUAAAUCAAUUUGGCAACCAACGAGUGUGAGCCUUGACAAAAAUGCCAGCCGUAGAUGAGAAGCCGUGGUGGGAUCCCUAUGAGACAUCUCAGAAAAGAGAUUUUAUUUACCGCCCCAAUUCAUCAACUCAAGUUAUACGCCCUACAACAACAAAAGCCUUCAGAAACCCUUAUUCGUUAUGUGGUCCUGUGGGCUCAACUGUGUACAAUCAGGACUUCCACUGGAAGCCAGUAUGUAAACCAGACUGCAUUCGUACGGGCUCUUCCUCUGGAAACAGGAGAAAUAACCCUCAUCCUAGCCAGUCUUUUAUGGUGUGGAGGCUGCCCAAGGGAUCGAAACAAUUGGCUGCAGAUGGCCAAUCUCAGUGGAAGAACCCUCCCUCUGAGGAGGAACUCCGUAAUACCUUGACAGCUCAGUAUCGCUCCACCUACAGGACAGACUUCCUGGGUGUCCCUCAAGGAUAUCAUAGGAACCAAACCAUUCUUGCUCCCCUGAGCUGCAAACAGCAGGCUCCUUAUUCUAUUCAGACUGAGAUGAGGCACAAUUACCAGGAGCCUAGACAAAAAUCUGCACUUCAAGGCAAUAUGUCCCGAUAUGGCUGCAAUGCUCUACAUGAAGUGGCACCGAAGGGCAUAGUUCCGACUGUUGUUCAUAGUCAUAUCUGCAAUCAGGAAAAUGCAGCACAGUUGACCACCUAUGACAGACACUUUGGAGGGAAAACCACAGAUGUCACCACUGUGCUUGGGGCUCUCCAACCCCAGGAUCUCCAGAAGUUUUACAAACUUGUACCUGAGAGAGAUAAGGAGGUUGUCCAAACGUUCCUGAGCAAAGGAACCCCUUCUAGCCAGGUGAAAAAAGUGACAAAUAUCCCCCCGAAAUUAUCCAAACCAGAAAGGUUGUCUUGCUGGCCUGGUCCCUUGUAGAUGCAGUAACUGUCAACCACAGACCCUCUCAAGUCAAUAAGAGUCUCACUGGAUCUGGAGUGUUGAUGUAGUGUGUGACGGAUCUGGAGUGUGGAUGUAGUGUCAGACAAUAACAGUGUUGUUAUUGAUAAUAAAGUCACUUGAUCUAAUGCAAAGCU